AUGACUCGGGCAAAGCACGUGGUAGCUAUGAACUCAAAGUACAUGUGGAUGUGGUUGUACUAUUGGGUUGGUGUUGGGUUAGUACUUGGCCUUACACAUACUAACCCAAAGUACGGAUUCGAGACAGAAGAAUUGAGUGAGAACAACCCAAUAGAGAGGUAUAUUCGACCAGAGGAGAUUAUCGUGAUUUCUUACUUAGAGCGGGUUGGAGUAAUUACAAGCAAAACCUACUACGAAGUUGGAUCAGAUGGUAAUCUAGACCGCACCACAUCUUGGAGAAUUACCGUGUCAGAAGGUCCAAAUAUAGACAGCGAACCGACACGGCCCAAUAACAAUGAGGCGCCAGAGGAUGAUAUAGCCCUGCCGCCCAUAAACUAUGGCGACUGUCUAACAGAAUUAAAGCAAGUGCAAACGAUCAAAAGUGAUGGGAAAGUAGAGCUGUGGCUAGCGAUGGAAGAUAAAGACCUAUUCCAUCAAAUGGAAACGUUAUUCUUUCUACUGCAUAUUUUAGAUGCUCCUAGGGUUGUAGUAAAUUUGGUAGAGAUAAAAGACUCGGCACUCAACCCGAUUCACUCGAGCCAAUUAAAACGGUUCGAGUGUUUACCCGAAAGCAUUCCAGCCUAUAUAAAAGCCCGCGGGCUUUCUUUUAAAAUUCACAACAGACUUCAUCAAGAUUUUUGGAUUUCUAUCAUUAAUUUGAUCGACAAACAUUACAUUAUUGACAAGGAGCGGUGCAAGGCUUUGAGCACUACCGGCCCUAUUGUUCUGGAAAUUAGUGAUGUUGUGCUCGCGGAGAAAAAAGAUUCCUCUUAG